UCCGAUCGCGACGCGCUGGUGGUGCUCUACUCGGCGGAGGGUUGCGGGCCCUGCGGCAGGCUUCGACCGAUCAUCGCGCGGGUCGUGGACGAGUACGUCGACAGGGUGCACUUCGUGGAGAUUGACGUGGACCGGGACGGUGACGUGGCGGAGAGCGCGGGAGUGCUCGGGACCCCGUGCGUGCACGUGUUCAGGGAGAAGGAACGCAUCGCGGUCAUCUCCGGGGUUAAGAUGAGGAGCAAGUACAGGGAGGCCAUCGACUCGUGCCUU